AUGUUCGAGCGACUCGACCCCUGGGGCUUUGUGCUAGCCUCCUUAGGGUGCAGUCCCCGCAAUUUCUCCGACUGGAUUCUUCUGGGCCUGCUGUGCUGGCUAGCUGGAUUCUGCAGUGGCUGUUUGGUGGUGCUCUUCCUGUGUUGGAUCGGCUGGCGCGCUACAGGGCGCCCGUGCACGAGCACCGGGCCUAGCUCGGACGAGGUUGUGGCCCAACUCACUGAGUGCUUCAAAGACCUCAACAUCUCCAUCGCUAUCUCGGUGAACGAGGCCCCGCCACAUACAGGAGCCACCUCCACUGGAACAUCCACCUUUUCUUCAGGCACACGCCCCACGGCCGGAGCCGCUCAACCUGAGGAGUGUCCGCGGGAAGUUCUCAGCCUGGCCGGUGCGACCCCCGUGGAAAGGAUCCGCAAGGCUUACGCUGCUGGACGAGACGCUGCCCGCGUUGCAAAGGAAGAGCUGCGCUGCUUCAACUCGUUGUCAUUGCCAGGUCGGCGCCUGGUCUACGUGGUCAUUGCUGGAGCUGCAGUGCAAGCCCCUUUCUUCACCGCAGCCUCGGACUACUACUUCGACAUCAUCAAGCCCCACGGCAUCUGGGACGAGACGUCAGUGUCUUGCGGCUUCGCCGGCCUACUUGGAGGAUACACCCGGCUUUACUUCACACAUGGCUCCCGAACCGCGCAUGCUUUCAUCGUCAAGGCGGUCGAGACUGGGUUCGUGCUUUGCCUCCCCGCCGAGGCCAUCGACGAGCUCGAACUGGAACAGGCGAAGGCGGACCAGUACCCUGGUUUCUUGGGGCCUUUCACCAAGGUCUCCUUAAGAGCCAUCACCCAGAACGGCAAAGAGAUCAACAAGAGCUGGCCUUGUCUGCUCGUGGACAUGCAUUCCUCCUCAGCCAUGUCCAAGCUUACCGACGUCCUGCCCGACGUUGUCGAUGUCUUGCCUUUCGGCAUGUACAGGCUGCAAACUUCGUGGAUCCAUGCUCCUGCUGCUCUGCAAGCUCUGGAGGAGUUCAUCAAUGGCGCGGACCUCCCCGUCGAGUCCCUCGAUCGCCUGGAGGGCUACUUCACUGCCACUUCCGAGGUCGAGGCCGAACCUGCUCAGGCGCUCAACGGCUUGCGCUCUCGCUUGGACGCCCUCGACCAGGUCGAAGCCCGCUUGCUACAGCUGGAAACCGCAGGUCCGAGUGCGAACCCUGUGGUGAAGUUGCUGCCGCAGACCGCCAAGGCCAAAGCCGCCCCUGCUGCUUGGGGUGGGGUCAACCUCGAGGAUGCCGUGGAGGGCGCCGAAGAGCACGUGGACACCGCGGACGUCGCGACCGGUGCCACCAACUUCCUCGAGAAUCUUCUCGCCCAGCAGACCCAGAUCUUGACACAGCUAGCUGCGAAUUCCAGCAAGGCUCAGGAUCCCCUCUCUUUGCUCAGCGGCAGCGCCGGAAGCGAGGAAGACUCCAAGCUGACCGGCGUGAAGGGGAUGGCUGCUCGCCAGCUGCUGCGGGAGCAGUUCCAGAAACAUCCUGGCAAUGUUUACAAGCGGGUCCGCGAGCGGCUUGCCCAGGCCCGCAGGAAGCCCAGUGUGACAGCGUUGGAGCCGAGAGACAUGUUCUACCGCUUCCAGGAGACCGUGCCGCUGGGAAACUACAAAACGCUGACCUAUCUGGCCUUCCUGCUCUGCGAUGCGUGGGAAGCCCUCGAAAGCGGUCACGUGGAGCAGGUCACGGCGCUGGUGUCCUUAGGCCUGGUCUUCUGCGAGCAAGUGGCCAACGAGCAAGACCCCAGGUGGGUGGCGACCCAGCUGGCCUACUUGCGCGACGUGGACAUGAUCCAGGAGCGAACCAACAAGGCCCACCUUUCCAAGCCCCAUGUGCAGCACGAGGAGGAGACCAGCGGUGGCAAGGGGUUGUCGGGCCGGCGCAAGGCGCGGUGGCAUCUUCGGAACCUCGCCCGGCUGUGGACCCGCCACCUUGUGGCAGCGGGCAAUUGGCUGGUGCUCGGGCGACCUGAGGUGCAUCCCGCUGACUUGCCGCCCAAUUCUGUGGCGCAGGAAUCAAUGAUCUCCCGUCUAGAAUCGCAGGUCACAAUUUGGUUUCGCCUGGGGACCGGCCCCAGACGCGAUCUUGGCAGAUCGGUGCAGAAGUUUAGCAGUGUCGAAGAACAGCUAGAGAGUCUCUUGCAUCACAGCCAACAGCUUCACACACAGUUCCAGCCUUACUGCCCCCGGCAGAAGAGUCAUGAUGCCACUUCGCAAUCUGAACCUGAAGAACGCUGCCCUGAACCUUUGCGCGCUGCUGCCCCGGAAUCCCCCCCCAAGAUCGCGGUGGCUAAGCCCGCCAGCCUGCAGAUACAGCCGGAGCGCCUGGUGUUUGAAGCCAAGCCUCGAUUUCAAGCCGGCCCGUUCUUGGUCGGUAAGCCUAGGCUGGCCAGGGUUCAGGCCACGAAAGAGCACCAGUUGGAACUUUAUAGAAAGUGGGACGCCGUUGACUCUUUAUUCCUGCUGCCAGCUUCAGCUUCCGAGUUUCGCUAUCGCUGCGGUUUGUUUGCAGUCUACAAGGAUGACAAGGUCGACCGGCAGAUUCUCAAUCCCAUUCCCGAGAACUCCAGGAGUUUUUCAGUUGCAGAUUCGACUCUGUCUUUAGCUCACGCAUGCUUGCUUUGUCAGCUGUAUCUUCCCGCAGAAGAGAACCUGGUAAUUGGGUCCGAUGAUUUGAAAGAUUUCUAUCACAAUUUUUACGUGACGGAUGCCCACGCCUCGCGAAACCACAUACACGGCGUUUUUCCAGGUUCUCUGUUUCGCGGCUGGCGAGCUUACAAGCCCGAGCUUGAUUCAGUGCCGGUGGUGGGAUGUCCCGGCUACGAACUGCUUUGCAUAGAUGAUCACGCUUUUCUGUUGCGAGUACCACGUAGCAUCGCAGGGAAGGUUCCGGAUCCCCAGCGUGAAGACUUACAGAUGUUUAGGCGGGCCAACCUGAAGUAUGCUGAAGCUGGAUUGAGGGCAUCAGAAAAGAAGGCUGUUCGGAACAGCUACCAGUCCACAGUCUUAGGAGGGCAGAUAGACGGGAUCCGGGGCGACAUCGCCGCUCCCCGUUUGAAGACUGCGGAGCUUUGCGCGCUGACCUUCGAGCUGAUCGUCUUACAAAGCAUCGUUGGUUCUUGGAUAUUUGUUCUAAUGUUUCGGCGCCCUCUUAUGAGCCUCUUGGGACAAGUAUUCCACGACAUCUCUAGGCACGGUGCAGGGCAAGUGUUCCAGCUUUCACAUGACACCCGCCAAGAGCUUCUGCUGUUGAUCCUCUUCGCGCCUUGCAGCUGUACGAAUUUGAGAGCGAAGCCUCUCAGCCGGCUCUUCGUCUCAGAUGCCUCACCGUAUGCGGCAGGAGUCUGUGAAGCCGAGGUCGGAAGAGGAACCACCUUAGAGCUGAUUCGUCAUGCAGAUCACCGGGGGUUUUACACCCACCUAAGUCCUCAGUUGGCCUCGUACCUUGACAGUUUCCCCGACGAAGACCCAGCCGAACCGGGUGCUCUGGGAGCCGUGCCCGCGAACCUCGCUGAGGGAAUUCUCUUCGAUGUUUGUGAAGUGUUCAAAGGAGAAGGCAAUCUUUCACGCACGUUCCAAGAGGCAGGGUUCGUGGCUCACCCAGGCUUCGAUUUGAAAGCCGGAGCUCGUGGUGAUGUGCUGCUCAGUUCCACCAUGUUGGAACGACGCUUCACCGCCGAGAGCCGAAAAGUAUUCCUCGAUCGCUGCCAGCCAGACUGCUUUAGUGUCUUUGGCCGUUUACCCUUCGUUGGCGAACAACUUUGCAAGUUUUCGGGGACCUAUCCUUUACCGGCCAUGAAGUUGUGGACUUUGAAACAGUACAAGUACAAGCGUUUGAACCACAACAAUGUGAACGAAGAGCUGGCAUACCGGGUCACCAUUGGUUGCAACGCAAAGGGCAGAUCCAGCAGUCAAAAGUUGAACUUCUACCUAUCCACGGCAGUCCCCUACAUUAUCGGGUGUGACCUGUUAUCGAGGCUCCUCGCAGGCGACCAGAAAAUCCUGGACCUCGUGAAGUUGUGUCUCACUGGAGUGGUUCGCUCGAGGCGAGAGAGAUUUUUCUUGAUGUUCACAGCAUGGGUGACCGCUGAGCUGGGAUGUGAAUUCCAUCAACUGGCUUGCACAGGGUUGCUGCUUGGUACUGCGUUAGUCGCUUUUGGUAAGCACUUGUUUUAUGAAGGAUUCCCUAAGUACAUGUUUUCCGAAACCAUCAAUGCGGUGGUGGAUCGUUACCGACAUGUCAAAACUGCACUGGCCCCUGCGUGGGGAAUCAUGAGCCGUUGGGCGGAUGAGGAGCCUUCAGAGCCUUCAAUGGUCAUGCCUGAGGCACUGCUCCGCGCUGCUUUCAGUGUUGCGAUCGCAUGGGGGUGGCCACUGUUUGGGGCAACCUUACUGCUCGGCUUUCACGGCCUGUUGAGGCCAGCUGAGUUUUUACACCUGCGCCGCAUCGACUUGGUGCUGCCUAGGGAUCUUUUGACGGAUAUCCCGCUGGUGUUCGUCCGCCUCUUGAAUACAAAGACCAAGCGCUUCAUGCGUCGACAACAUGCUCGCAUCUCUGACCUGGGCACUGUCAAGUUCCUCGAUCACCUCUUCGGGCAUCUUCCUUAUCGAGCCUUGCUGUUCAACUGUUCGGCUGCAAUCCAUCGCCGUAGAUGGGAUGAGGUUUUUACUUUUCUCAACGUCCCGGUGACUGAAGCUGCCAAGGGCAUUACCCCCAAGAGCCUGCGGGGCUCUGGAGCCACUUGGCUCUACCAGCGCACCGAAGACGUCGACAAGAUUCAGUGGAGAGGCCGUUGGCAAGCCCGCAAGAACCUGGAAUAUUACCUGCAGGACGUGGCAGGGCAAAUCCUUUUGACAGAUCUGACAGAGAGUCAAAAAUCCAAAGUUAUAGCCCUUGCCGGUCUCUCAGACUUCGCGCUGCAACUUUACCUCCAAGGCAUCGUGCAGUGCCAUCAGCUCCUUUUCAUGUGCAUGAGCAGCUGCCCAUUUUCACUCGUGGCGAUUUUGCUGCCCUUGUGCGGCGCCUUGGCAACAUACGAUUUGUUGCCGCCGGUGCCCCCACCGUCGACAUGGAUGGCUGUCGACGUUGAUGGGUCCGCUGAGCUCCAACUGAUCGUGCUAGCCCCGGCGGGCGCCACCUGGGGCAAUUUUGGGGCCGCCGGUUUGGCGACACAGGCGGCCCGCGUCGCAGACGUUGCAGGAUCGGCCCUACGGCGCCUUGCAACAAUAGGCGCGGCGGGUGGUACCCAGGUCGCCUACAUCACGAUGUUACAAACCGCGGCAACACAAGGAGCGCCGGGGCAGGAGAGCUACUGA